CUUCCGGGCGCGCGGCGCGGAGCCGGGCGGUGGGAAUGGAGCGAGCAGAUUGAGGCCGCCACUGCAGCGCCGCCAGCAUGAACUUGGCCGCGAGCUGAAGCGGCCGGCGGCGGGCGGGCUCGGGGGCACCGGCCGCUAGCCAGGGGGUGAUCUGCAACAGGGCUGGGUUCCUUGGGGGCCGCCUGAGGCCAGGCUGCCCGCGCCGGCGGCCGCCCGCCCCUCGGACACUGCCCCCGCCGCCGCCGGAGCUCUGCAGCACGAGGUGGGAUUUCCCUAUGUUGCCCAGGCUGGUCUUGGAACCCUUGGCUCAAGUGAUCUGCCUGCCUCAGCCUCCUAAAGGGCUGGGAUUACAUGCCUGGACCACUGUGCCUGGCCUGCUUUUAAGUUAAGGUUUUCGUAUCAGGAUGAUGUUGGCCUCACAGAAUGAGUUAUAGAGGAUUCUUUCCUCCGCAGUUUUUUGAAAUGAUUUCAGAAGGAAUGGUACCAGGAAUUACACAUCUGGUGGAAUUUGACUGUGAAUCCAUCUGGUCCUGGGCUUUUUUCUGCCCUGUGUCUAGGUCGUUUGGGAAACGCCUUGGAGAGUCAAGAAUAAAAUUGCAGGUCAAACAAUGGAUGACUGGAAAAGUCGGCUUGUAAUCAAGAGCAUGCUUCCCCAUUUCGCCAUGGUGGGAAAUCGUCAGGAGCCCAGAAAGCUCCAGGAAUCGGGAAAGAAGCCCUCGUGGAUGGAGGAAGAAGAUUUAUCUUUUCUCUACAAGAGCAGCCCAGGAAGAAAGCAUCAGGGAACUGUUAAGAGGAGACAAGAAGAAGACCACUUCCAGUUUCCAGACAUGGCUGAUGGGGGCUACCCUAAUAAAAUUAAGAGGCCUUGCCUUGAAGAUGUCACCCUUGCUAUGGGCCCAGGCGCUCAUCCUAGUACUGCCUGUGCAGAACUGCAGGUCCCUCCAAUGACAAUGAAUCCUAGCCCUGCGGCUAUGGGAGUGGCUGGCCAGUCGUUACUGCUGGAGAAUAACCCUAUGAAUGGCAACAUCAUGGGCUCACCAUUUGUGGUACCACAGACUACAGAAGUGGGACUGAAAGGGCCCGCUGUUCCUUACUAUGAGAAAAUCAACAGCGUGCCGGCUGUAGACCAGGAGCUUCAAGAGCUGCUAGAGGAGCUCACCAAAAUUCAAGACCCUUCUCCAAAUGAGCUAGAUCUUGAGAAGAUACUGGGGACGAAGCCAGAAGAGCCACUGGUUUUAGAGCAUCCCCAGGCAACCCUAAGCACAACUCCCAAGCCUUCGGUUCAGAUGUCACACUUGGAGAGCCUGGCUUCCAGCAAGGAGUUUGCUUCUAGUUGCAGCCAAGUUACUGGCAUGUCACUUCAGAUCCCGUCCUCCUCCACAGGGAUCAGCUAUUCGAUUCCUUCCACCAGUAAGCAGAUAGUGUCACCGAGUUCUUCAAUGGCACAGUCCAAGAGCCAGGUCCAGGCCAUGCUCCCUGUCGCUCUGCCCCCCUUACCAGUGCCUCAGUGGCAUCACGCCCACCAGCUGAAGGCAUUGGCAGCCAGCAAGCAGGGGUCUGCUACAAAGCAGCAAGGGCCCACCCCCAGUUGGUCUGGUCUGCCUCCUCCAGGACUCUCUCCACCUUACCGCCCAGUGCCAUCACCACACCCACCACCGCUGCCACUGCCACCACCACCCCCCCCAUUCAGCCCCCAGAGCCUCAUGGUGUCCUGCAUGUCGUCCAAUACCUUGUCGGGCAGCACUCUCCGAGGCUCUCCCAAUGCCUUACUGUCAAGCAUGACGUCCAGCAGCAAUGCUGCCCUGGGGCCCGCCAUGCCCUAUGCUCCUGAGAAGCUCCCCAGCCCUGCUCUCACUCAACAGCCACAGUUCGGCCCUCAGAGCUCCAUUCUUGCCAACCUCAUGUCCUCUACCAUCAAAACCCCUCAAGGACACCUGAUGUCUGCUCUGCCUGCCAGCAACCCUGGGCCGUCCCCACCCUAUCGCCCAGAGAAGCUCUCCAGCCCAGGCUUGCCACAGCAGUCCUUUACCCCACAGUGCUCCCUGAUCCGAAGCCUCACUCCCACCAGUAAUCUUCUAAGCCAGCAGCAGCAGCAGCAGCAGCAGCAACAGCAACAGCAGCAGCAGCAGCAAGCAAAUGCGAUCUUUAAGCCCAUGAGCAGCAACUCAUCCAAAACCCUGAGCAUGAUCAUGCAGCAGGGGAUGGCAAGCUCCAGCCCAGGAGCCACGGAGCCAUUUACUUUUGGCAACACCAAGCCCUUGUCCCAUUUUGUUUCUGAGCCGGGUCCCCAGAAGAUGCCCUCCAUGCCUGCCACCUCUAGGCAGCCUUCCCUGCUCCACUACCUGCAGCAGCCGACACCAACGCAGGCCUCUUCAGCCACUGCCUCCUCCACAGCCACUGCCACCUUGCAGCUGCAGCAGCAGCAGCAGCAGCAGCAGCCUGACCAUUCUUCAUUCCUUCUGCAGCAGAUGAUGCAGCAACCCCAGCGUUUUCAGCGAUCAGUGGCCUCAGAUUCCAUGCCUGCUCUGCCCAGACAGGGCUGUUGCCAUCUGUUUGCAUGGACUUCUGCAGCUAGCUCGGUGAAGCCCCAGCAUCAACACGGGAACUCUUUCACUAGCAGGCAAGAUCCUCAGCCUGGAGACGUGUCACCAUCUAACAUUACUCAUGUAGACAAAGCCUGCAAGCUUGGGGAAGCCAGGCCCCCCCAGGUCAGCCUCGGGCGACAGCCCCCGUCCUGCCAGGCCCUGGGGAGUGAGUCCUUCCUGCCCGGCAGCUCCUUUGCUCAUGAGCUGGCCCGAGUCACCUCCUCGUACAGCACCUCAGAGGCAGCGCCCUGGGGCAGCUGGGAUCCGAAGGCCUGGAGGCAGGUGCCCGCUCCACUACUGCCUAGCUGCGAUGCCGCAGCAAGAGGAACAGAGAUCAGGUCUUAUGGCAAUGACCCCUGAACGGCAGAAUGCAUAUAUCUCCCAACAGAUGAGUCCAUUUCAAG